GAGUCCUCUUGCGCUUCCGCCCUACGACAUGUUCCCGCGCUCAUGGCAAGGAAAGCUGAGUCCACUGCUCAGAGACCUUGGUAUUGGUGGUCUUCAUGUUGUGAACUUCGCAUGCGCUGUGCACCUCUUUCAAGAAUAUGUCGGGAGUCCAUGUUGGAUGGAAGGCCCAUCCAUGUUACCCACCCUAGCAGCCAGCGGUCAAGUCGUCUUCGAGCGCAUGGUCCCCCACCGUCUCCUCUCUGACCGAAUCUCGCGGGGCGACCUCGUCACAUUCAGAUCACCCAUCAACCCCUCUCGCAUCGUCUGCAAACGGCUCAUUGGACUCCCCGGCGAUGUCAUCUGCGUCGACCCGUCUGGCCUGAAAGCGCCCUCGACGGAGCAUGUCAUCAUACCCAAGGGUCAUGUUUGGCUUGCAGGAGACAAUGCUGCCGUUUCAACUGACUCGCGCGAUUAUGGACCAGUCUCUAUGGCGUUAAUCAGAGGAAGGAUAACUGCGAUCGUGGGUUUCAUGCUACGAAUGGUGUUCUGGAUUAUAAUGACGCGUGGUGUCCCAGAUAUCUCCCAGGAGCGACUUCAAAGUCUUCAAGCGAGGUACUGGUGUCGAAUUCAUAGACGCAUGACCUGCAUUAACAGCGGCGUAUGGCGACGUACUUCCUGUGAGAUCCUACGAUAUUUUGAAUUCCGGUCCAUUCAGGCUCCUCGUUACUUU